ACAUGAUAAUUGGGCCACCCCCCACCCCUAAAUUAAAUAAACCACCACCAGAUUUAAAAUUGUUUUGGCUAUUGUCUUUUGGUUGCCUGGGUUUUGCCUCUAACAGGAAAAUUUAAGUUCCAACAAAAAGAUUUGCAUCCUUGACGUCACUCUCUUUUCCCUACAGACUUGACAUUAACAAUGAUCACCACUGUACUUAUCCUAUUAAUCAUUCUUUACUUAGCUAGAAGUUUCUACAAAGACCAUGUUGAAAACCCAAUUGACGCCACCCCUGAAGAAUCAACCGUAGUCGAGGGCAAUUUCACCCCCAAAACCUUGGCCAAGUAUAACGGUAAGGACGAUCCUAAGGUAUUCCUCGCCGUUAAACGAGUAGUGUAUGAUGUCACUAUGGGAAAGUCAUUCUAUGGUCCUGGUGGUCCCUAUGAGAACUUCGCCGGAAGGGAUGCCUCGCGAGGUUUGGCCAAGAAUUCGUUUGAUUUGGAAAUGUUGACACCCUUGGAUCAACCUAUAGACAAAUUGGGUGAUUUGAACAAGGAAGAAUUGGAAAGCUUGGCCAAUUGGGAAGAUUUGUUUGAAAAUAAAUAUAAAGUUGUGGGGAAACUUUACGAAAAUGAUGAAGUUGUCAACGGUGAUGUUGUCAAGAAGGAAUAAGCAAUUUAAUCUCACUUAUAUAGUUAUCUCUCUGUUAAUAUCAAUAUCAUAAAACUGUAU